CCCGCCGGCGGAUCCGGAAGUGGGGGUCGGCAGCCGCGCGCCGCCCUCCGCGGGCCCCCGGGUACGAUGCUCUCCGGCCCCGGCUGCCACCUCCGGGCCUCGGUAGCACCCGCCGCGGUCCUGGCUGCGGCGCUGCUCUCGUCGUUCGCGCGCUGCUCCCUCCCGGCGCGCGGCGACCCAGCGGCGUCGGUGCUCAGCCCCUACUUCGGCACCAAGACUCGCUACGAAGAUGUCAACCCCUGGCUGCUGGUCGACCCGGCGGCGCCGCGCCGGGACCCGGAGCUGCUGGCGGGGACCUGCACCCCGGUGCAGCUGGUCGCCCUCAUCCGCCACGGCACCCGCUACCCCACGACCAAGCAGAUCCGCAAGCUCAGGCAGCUGCAGGGGCUGCUGCAGACCCGGGGACCCGGGGACCGCGGGAGCGGAGUGGCCGCCGCGCUGGUAGAGUGGCCGCUGUGGUACGAUGACUGGAUGGACGGGCAGCUGGUGGAGAAGGGGCGGCAGGACAUGCGACAGCUGGCACUGCGCCUGGCCGCCCUCUUCCCGGACCUCUUCAGCCGGGAGAACUACGGCCGCCUGCGCCUGGUCACCAGCUCCAAGCACCGCUGUGUGGACAGCAGUACCGCCUUCCUCCAAGGGCUGUGGCAGCACUACCACCCUGGACUGCCACCGCCCGACGUCUCAGAUAUGGAGUGUGACCCUCCAAGAAUUAAUGAUAAAUUAAUGAGGUUCUUUGAUCAUUGUGAGAAGUUUUUAACGGACGUGGAAAGAAAUGAGUCAGCUCUUUAUCAUGUAGAAGCCUUCAAAACGGGACCUGAAAUGCAGAAGAUUUUAAACAAAGUUGCAACUACUUUGCAAGUGCCAGUAAACAGUUUAAAUGCAGACUUAGUUCAGGUGGCCUUUUUCACCUGUUCAUUUGACCUGGCGAUUAAAGGUGUCCAUUCUCCCUGGUGUGGUGUGUUUGAUGUAGAUGAUGCAAAGGUACUGGAAUAUUUAAAUGAUCUGAAACAGUAUUGGAAACGAAGUUACGGCUAUACCAUUAACAGCCGAUCCAGCUGCACCCUGUUUCAGGAUAUCUUUCUACACCUGGACAAAGCAGUCGAGCAGAAGCAAAGGUCUCAGCCAGUUUCUUCUCCAGUUGUCCUCCAGUUUGGUCAUGCAGAGACCCUCCUGCCACUGCUCUCACUCAUGGGCUAUUUCAAGGACAAGGAGCCCCUGACAGCAUAUAAUUUUAAGGAACAAGUCCAUCGCAAAUUCCGAAGUGGUCGCAUCGUACCUUAUGCCUCGAACCUGAUAUUUGUGCUUUAUCACUGUGAAAAUGCAAAGACCCCUCAAGAAGAGUUCCAAGUACAGGUGCUGCUGAAUGAAAAAGUGUUACCCUUGGCUCACUCACAAGAAACUGUUGCUUUGUACGAGGAUCUGAAGAACCACUACAAGGACAUUCUUCAGAGCUGUCAAACAAGUAAAGAAUGUAACCUACCCAAGGUGAACAUCACAUCUGACGAGCUGUGAGGACAGGCUCCAUUCCGCAGUGCUUUCACCUGGACAGCUGUGUUUGCAAUGGGGAGGCAGCUGCUUGACUGAGAAAGCUUCCAAGGCCUGGGUGUUGUGGUGUACGCCUUUAAUCCUAGCACUCUGGAGACAGGCAAGAGGAUCUCUGUGAGUUCAAGGCUAGCCUGAUCUACAUAGUGAGUUUCAGGCCAAAAAAACUACAUAGAGAAAUAAGAUAGAUUGCUUGGUCCUUUUGUCUUUUCACAGACAAUAUUAGUUUUAGGAUCUGGACAUACGGGUAAGACAUGACUUUCUCUAGAGGAGUUUUCUUCAGGGCAAAAACCAAUUCAAGGAAACAGCUGGCCCAGCAAGUGUUUACAGAGCUGAAAUUGCCCUAACUUAACCUAAGAAACGUACUGGGAUAGAACAUUAUUAGAAAGUGACACUUGAGAAAUGUUGGAUGCCAAAGCACAGUGUCAGCUGGAUGAUCUGUAAUUGAUCGAAUAAGUCAGGGACUUCGGUGAUCAUGUUGACUUCCUUCUUCACACAGGACACUGCUAGUACAAAUGAUGUCACUUAGUCGUGACUGUGGUCAGAUGGGAGCCUGACUUCAGAAGAAAGUCUAUUCCAUUUAGAAGGGAGUUGAAGAACCAGGCUGCAGCAAGACUCAAAGUACGGAAUAUUUUUACUAAUAUUAUUUAUAAAAAUCUUUAAACACUUCAUCAGUAAUUUCUUUCAACCUCUAAGUAGGUCUUGCUGGGUCAUCUGAAUUCCAUCAGGCCUGUUUCAGGUGUGCAGCGAUGACAGUAAGCACCCUAGGCAGACAGAUGCCAGUGUUUCUACGUCUGUUGCCUGGUUGUCUUUUUCAUCCUAUCACAGCUUUACUUCUUAUGUUUUGUUAUUACAUAAAGUAUCUUUUGGUGGUUUGGAUUUUAUUCUUUUUUUUUUUUUUAAAUAAAGACUAUUCUGCCUGAUUUCAUUGUAUAAGUUUAAACCUGUUUCAAAGAAACUCUGAGUUCUCUCAAAUGCCAUGCAGAUGUUUGCUACAAUAAAUAGAGUUCUUAUGACUUUA